UCUUUGCAGAACUUUUCUUUAGUCCCCCAUCCCCUUGCUGACCUCCCUCUGGGGGACUCAGCCUGGCCCACGCCACAGGGGAGAUGGGGCAGACUCAGUUCCUGGGCUUGGUGCUUCUGCAACUGCUGUGGGUGGCUCCAGUGAAGGCUCCAGUGCCUGAGAAAGAGGUCACAGUGGUGUGGGCUCAGGAGGGAGCUCCUGCCCAGCUCCCCUGCAGCCCCACACUCCCCCUUCAGGAUUCUAGCCUUCUGCGAAGAGGAGGGGUCACUUGGCAGCAUCAACCAGACAGGGACCCAGCAGCUCCCGAUCCCGCUCGGCCCUGGAACCUUGGCCCUCGAAAGGAGGAGGCACAGGCCCCACAGCGCUACACAGUGCUGAGCAUGGCCCCCGGGGGCCUGCGCAGCGGGCGGCUCCCCCUGCAGCCGCGAGUGCAGUUGGACGAGCGCGGCCUCCAGCGAGGGGAUUUCUCCCUGUGGUUGCGCCCAGCGCUGAGCGCCGACAGCGGCGAGUACCACGCCGCCGUGCGCCUCCUCCGGGACCGCACGCUCUUCUGCCGGCUCCGUCUGCGCGUGGGCCAGGCCUCGAUGACGGCCAGCCCUACAGGACCUCUCAAGACCUCUGACUGGGUCAUCUUGAACUGCUCCUUCAGCCGUCCGGACCGUCCAAUCUCUGUCCACUGGUUCCGGGGUCCAGGCCAUGUCCCUGUCCAGGAGUCCUCACAUCACCACUCAGUGGAAAGCUUUCUCUUCCUGCCCCAAGUCAGCCCCUUGGACUCUGGGAUCUGGGGUUGCAUUCUUACUUACAGAGAUGGUUUCAAAGUUCGGAUCACACACAACCUCACUGUUCGGGGUCCAGAGCCCCCAGCUCCUUUGAUGGUAUAUGCUGGAGCAGGCUACAGGGCAGAGUUACCAUGUCAUCUGCCUCCUGGUGUGACAACCCAAUCUUCCCUCAUGGCCAUGUGGGCCCCUCCUGGUGGAGGCCCAGAAAUCUCAGUGGCUGGAGACAAUGGCAACUUCACCCUUCGACUAGAGGCUGUGACCCUAGCCCAGGCUGGGACCUACACCUGCCGUAUCCAUCUACAAGGGCAGCAGCUCAGUGCCAUGGUCACUUUGGCAGUCAUCACAGUGACUCCCAAGUCCUCUGGGUUACCCAGAUCCCUGGGGAGGCUGCUAUGUGAGGUGACCCCAGCAUCUGGACAUGAGCACUUUGUGUGGAGCCCCCUGGACAGGAGAUCCACAAGGAACAGUUACCCAGGACCCUGGCUGGAGAUGCCUGCGGCCAAACUCUUUUCCCAGCCCUGGCAGUGCCAGGUGCAUCAAGGGAAGAGACUUAUCGGAGCAGCGAUGUAUGUCCCAGAGUCUAGCCCAGAUGCCCAGCGCUCAGAGAGAGCCCUCAGGGCAGGCCAAAUCCCUCUCUUUGUCAUCCUGGGUACCCUCUCAUUCCUUCUUUUGGUGACUGGAGCAUUAGGCUUUCACCUUUGGAAAAGACAGUGGAGAUCUAGAAGAUUUUCUGCCUUGGAGUUUGGGAUUCGCCCUCCUCAGGCUCAGAGCAAGAUCGAGGAGGUGGAACAGGAAGCAGACCUGGAGACAGAGACAGAGCAGGAGCCGGAGCUUGAGCCGGAGCUGGAGCCGGAGCCCGAGCCCGAGCUGGAGCCUGGGCAGCUCUGACCUGGAGAGAAGGCAGCGCAGAUCUUAGUAGCUCAGCCCCAAUAAACCCCGUCAGCAACAAA